CAAAAAACGAAAGUCAUUUGACAUGAUGAAUAGCGUUCUCGUAUUAUUUAUCAUUUACCUCGUACAAAAUGUUUCGCCCAAUUGUUUCUCUAAAUUUAAGUAAUAUAUUAGUUUUAGAUCAAAGAUAUUUGUGUAAUUAGUCUUUCCUUUCGUAAGUAAGGAUCUAGAAAUCCGGACAGUGAACGCUGAGAUGUAAGUGUCUUUUCAAAAUGGAAUACAAGGCAUUUUUCAUUUGUGUUCUUGCUUGCAGUUUUCAAAAUGUUGCAUCGAAACUGUUUACAUUCGAAGUUGAAAAUUUUUCACCGAACGCUAUGCGCAUGCCCAGAUCUGGAGCAUCUGGAAAUUUUACUGUACUCUUCAAUAACAACGACUUAAUUCAUAUUGAUUUUUGUCUACGAGUACCAAGCACUGUAAUCGUAAAAAGUGUGAUGUAUUCUAACGACGGGCCAUCGGACACGUUCCGGGCAACAUUAGAGGAACAACACAUUGGAUCUUUUACGACAUCGGCAUAUAAAGGUGACGGGAACGGAUGGAACAUGUUUAAGUCGUCAGGGCAACUUCCGGGCAAAAUGAAGCUCGGUAUAGGAAGACACGUGCUUACACUUCAAGCUACACAAUCAGACCAAUGGGGAGUGGAAGUUGAUUAUGUUCUCCUAAGCAUCGAUGACAAUUUCUUAGAAUAUAAAGAUCUUCUUUGCAAUCAGUUCUGCUUCAACGUUAAUUACGACGAUGUUCCGAGGGUAGAUUCUGUCCCGAGUGGAAAAUUUGUUCAAAAAUCAACGUCUACACAAUGUUCUGAGCAGGACAACAUCAAAGUUGAGCUAUAUCACGACAGAUCAACAGAAUUUGAAAUAACUGCCAACAUUCCAAAAUAUCAUUCCUUCGCUAACAAUAGAGAGCCAAACUAUGACCAGUGCGUCCUAGCAUCGCCAUACUGGAUAUUUGGAAACUUGACGAUAUUCCCGGACACGGCUGACGUACGAAAAGGCAACGCAGUUUUAAGAUUUUCUGGGUCGUAUUAUAAAACAAGAGCAACAGUAAGUUUCGACUUCAGUAGCCUUACACCUACAAGAGAAACAGACGAAAGACUGCUGGGUUCGGUAUUAUUCGUAAAAUUACGGAACAUGCCGCGAGAAAAUGUUACGUUCAAACCGGAAUACUUGCAAAAUGGCCGUUGGAAGUCUUUGGAAAAGGUUGAGUUAACGCCGUUCAAUAAUGAACAUUCAUGGCCUAUACCGGACAGAACAUGGGACGUGGCAGGUGAAAACCAAAUAAGACUAAUUAUAGAGCCGGGUAAACAGCAAGUUGUUUUAGAUACGGUUAGACUAGAUCGGCGUAAUACUGAAGAUACAACAGUGGAGCUUUAUGCGGACCCUGAUGUUGUAUUCGAGGGGGUGAGGCUCAGUUUUUGGCAGUACUGGCUUUACCAUCGCAAUUCUAUGACAGUCAGUAUUCAAGCAAGAGGCACAAAGGAACAUUUUAAUAUUGAUAGUCUCCGGGUGUAUGUAAAGGUUCCGUGGACUGGGGGAUAUUCGCAAGUCUUUGUCCUAUUUCAGAACGGCAGGGUACGACUUCAGGCUAUGACGCCGCAUGGUUUAGAUUAUAUUCCAUUUGGUGCUUCCGUCAACAUAGGCCAGCCACAGUCCACAGAUUCAGAAAAACCGUACUCGCCAAUAGAGAAAAUCGACAUCGAUCCUAAAACUAAAACAUUAGCUCUCAGGUAUGCCGACGGAAAUACUGCAAUAUUCAAUAUUGAGACAACAUAUACCCAAACCAAACUAAAUGUGAAAAAUGCAAUGUUCAGAAAAGAUCGGAAACUAUUUCCAAUUAUGACUUUUCAAUCUAUGUGGAUACAAGAUGGUAACGCGGACACCGAUCACGUGACAAUCAACGGCGAUAUUUCCCGCCAUAUUACAUCAAGCUGGACGGAACUGUAUGGAAUAUCGGCAGUGUUCUUUAAAAAGUGUAUUUCACGACACAAUACCCAAGGACCGGAUAUAAAAAUUCAAUUUGUGUCCUAGACUAACUACAAAAGCAAUUUUAUCUGAAGUUGUCGAUCCUUACUAGUAAAGUAGAAAAAAAACCGGUUAGAGAUUUCCGGCAGUGUCUCUUUGUUUUAGAACUUAUAAGGACAUUGUUCCUUUAAUCAUAUAACCAGUUAUAUAUACUGAAUAACAUUAGUUGUAGAACAUUCACUCUAGAACAUAUAACCUAUUAUACUGUAUUACUUUUACGAAGUGUUGUUUAAAAUAUUAUCAAAAUUUAGUAUAAAACUUUAAACUUGAUAUUAUUGAUGUAU